UCCAAAAAACAGACAUGGCGAACGUAGUUCGCAAAGCAUUUCUUCACAGCAUUUGUACAUUAUAUAAACAAUCACGAAUUAUUGUGGCUUCAAAUUACCCGAACUUUCUUCCAACCGCCAGAAAUUAUUCGAAGAAAAAGGAAGAAGCCGAAGGUCAAGCGAAACCGCAUUGUAAUGUUGGGACAAUAGGUCACAUUGACCAUGGCAAGACAACAUUAACGGCAGCUAUUACAAAAGUUUUGUCUGAAUACGGGAAAGCCAAAUAUGUGCAGUUUGAUGAAAUUGACAGAGCAGAGUUAGAAAGAAAACGUGGUAUAACAAUAAAUACAUGUCAUGUUGGUUACGAAACUGACAAUCGUCAUUAUGCACACACUGAUUGUCCAGGUCACAUUGAUUACAUUAAGAACAUGAUAAAUGGCACGUCUCAAAUGGACGGAGCAAUACUUGUUGUUGCUGCAUCAGAAGGCACGAUGCCACAAACUAGAGAGCAUGUGUUAUUAGCUAAACAGAUAGGAAUACAGAAAUUAGUAGUUUUCUUAAACAAAAUUGACUUGGUCGAUGACGAACUAGCAGAGCUCGUUGAACUUGAAGUUCGGGAAUUACUAGAGGAAUAUGGAUAUGAUUCAGAAAAUACUCCGGUUGUCAAGGGUUCAGCAUUGAAAGCUUUAAAAGGGGAGAAAUCUGGACAUAACUCCAUAUUAAAACUGAUGGAAGCUGUAGAUAAAUAUAUUGAUAUUCCAUUUCGUGAUUUAUCAAAACCAUUUAUUCUACCAGUUGAACAUGUGUUUUCAGCGAGAGGAAGAGGAACCGUAGCAGUUGGGACUCUCAGAGAUGGAAUUAUAAAGAAAGGACAGCAAGCUCAAAUACUUGGAGAAGGCGUAACACACAAAACAGCAGUAUCCGAUAUCGAAGUUUUCAAGAAAUCUGUUACGGAAUGCCAAGCAGGAGAUAAUGUUGGUGUUCUCAUGAGAGGUAUCAAAAAUGGUAUUGUAACAAGAGGAAUGUUUUUAUGUGAACCUAAUGCAUUCUCUCAGCAUGAUGCUUUUGAAGCAAAAAUUUAUGUGUUAACACGUGCUGAAGGAGGAAGGACAAAACCCAUCACUGACAAAUAUAUGCAGUUACUCUAUACCAAUUAUUUUACAGUACAAUCUUGCAUACUAGUACCAGAGGAGUCAAAAAUGAUUAUGCCUGGUGAAGUUGUAAAUAUAAAUAUGUUGGUAAGAAAAUCCAUGGUUUUUGAAGUUGGGACAAGAUUCACAAUAAGAGAGCUACAAAGAACAACUGUGACAGGGGUAGUCACAAAGUUGCUGCCAAGAACUGAUAUAGAAAUUAUUGGUUUCAAUAAGCAAAAUUUGAAAACGUCAUAUGUUAUUGAAAGUGGAAACCAAGUUGUUAGAUCAAGACGAUUAGCUAGAAAAUCCAAGAAUUAAGUGUUACAAAUGUAGUUCAGUUAUUAAAUGUUUUAUCAUGCCUUUAA